AUGGACAAGGUCCAGUUGAUCAGACAGAGAUUGCUUGCAGCUCAAAGCAGACAAAAGUCUUAUGCUGAUAAGAGAAGAAGAGAAUUAGUGUUCACAAUUGGAGACACAGUGUUCCUACGAGUCUCCCCCAUGAAAGGUGUAAUGCGGUUUGGUAAAAGAGUGUUUCAUGUCUCAAUGCUAAGAAAAUGUAUAUCAGACUCAUCUCAGGUGAUUGAAGCACCGACUAUACCACUCGAUGAGAAGUUGUCUUACGUGGAGGAGUCAAUGGCUAUUGUUGGUAGACAAAUAAGAAAACUACGGUCAAAAGAAAUCGUGUUCGUGAAAGUCUUAUGGAGAAAUCAUACAGUUGAAGAAGCUACUUGGGAAAUAGAAGACACUAUGCGAGUCAAGUACCCCCAUUUGUUUCAGUCUACAGGGGAAGCAGCAAGCUGCGUAAAAGGAACAGAAGCAGCAAGUUUCCGAGAGAAAAAAAAGGGAAAAGAGAAGAAGAAGAAAAAAGCUUUGGGCAAAGGCUUUAAGAAGAACUGA